AUGACAUUUGAUGAACUCGAAGAGCUGGUAAAGGGUCUAGGAAAAGCAUCGAAAGCACCAUCCCAUAUCAACUAUUUUGAGAUCAGUGAAAGCGAGGAUUAUCUGGGGAACAAGUAUCGUCUUGUUCUAAAAGACAGCGAGUACUUGGGCUUGGUUGUUUGUAAGUUAAAAUCCUGCCGCGCACCAGACGUGUUUCCUGACAAGAUUGACGAAAAGGGAUCACCCUUACCCAUCUCAGAUCAGAUUGGUAGUCAUAUUCCUGCUGAGAAUGUGGCCUGGAACGAGUGUUUUGACAAGUUUUAUAUCAAUAAAAAUGAUGAUUGGUUAAAAAUUGUCAGAACCCUUCGUAGUUUCUGCAUCGACCUCAACCACAUUUUUAAUGUUGAUGAUGAAUCGAAAAUACCUGAUUCAAAAAUUGAAGUUAUCCCCGCAACACCCUCAUUACUAGCACCCCAUGAAAGUACAAAUACAAGUACACCCACCCCCAAAAGCCAAAGGUGGUAAAUGAAAGUUGGACACGAAAGGAGAGUCGAAGCCCCGCAAGAAAAAUAUGAUUGUUAGUGACGACGACGAAGCAGAGGUGAGCAAUAGUAAUUACCUAAUCCAUUUACCGCCCACACUAAGUAAAGAAUUUCCUGAAAUGGGACGUACAGAGUUGGCUGUAAAAGUUCUAUUAUCAUAUAUGGGGCGCUAUGGUAAAUCGUGUGAAGAAACCGUCACGUGUUUUUAUGAGGAUAUGAAUUAUCGAGAUGAAUUUGAUUAUUGUAGACUGUUAGAAUUUGGCGAGAUACUCAAGACAACGUCUAAAAAGUUAUUAAGUACGCAAAACAAUAAAGAUUAA